GUUUUUAUUGAAGAGGUGCAGCAGUUUUGUGUUGAAAAAAUGACGAAAGUAAGAAGUGGAACUUACGCGUUCGUGUGCUAGUGCUGGUGCAAUUUUUAGAACAUCAUUGAGUAUGUCAGUUUCUGCCGCAUCCGACCAUGCGUCCUCUUUGUCAAGUGCUUCCCGUCGGAUGACCCGUCGGUUGAAUACCGAUACUGGUGUAUCAGGGGACAACCUGAAUCGUGUCAAUCAUUCAAUUGGCACAAAAGUCGGAAAGAUAACGGAACAGACGUAUAAGAAAGUCAGCCCACCGAAAAGUAACCCGAAACUUCUAAAAAGCUGUAACGAGAAGAGUCAAUUGAAUCAUUGUCCAGCUGAAGAUGCGAUCACGCUUAAGCCUGUUGGAAACAAAAUGCUGAAAGAGAAUAAUGCUUUAACCGAUUCUCGCGGGUCGACGAAACAAACCGCGGAUAAGACGAAUCUUCUGGAAUCCGUGUUCACACAGGAUGCCGAGUCCGCAUUUUCGCAUUCAAAAGCUUCACCAGAUAAACUUUUGCUCCCGGAAGACGACAUUGAGGCUCGACUUGUGCAAAUUUUUGGCGCCGAAAAUGACGAGCUUCAGCGUGGUUUUCAAUCGAAGGAAACGGUGGAGAGCAGUAUCAAUACUCUGCCUUUAUCUCCGCAAGAUCCUCCAACUGCAAUUGACAUUGAGAGCAACUGUGGUGAUGAUCCCGAGAUCGCCGACAUCCUUGUUUGCGGUAAAUGCAAAGUUAUGUAUCAAGACGUAGAAAGUUUUGUGAAUCACAAGAAGUUUGAUUGCAAGCCGGAUCAUCAUGAAGCUGACCUGAAGCGAUCAGUUUAUACGAAGCGUAAAACGAUCUCCUUCAAGCCCACUCAAGCAAAAAGUCUCUCGAAGAACAAAAACGUCACUAGAACGCUUAAGGCCCCAGCGGAACCCGUGCACAAAACUUACUCUGAGGUUUUGGAUGAUUCUAAACGGCGAUCGAGUAAAUUGAAAGCUAUGGAACUGGUCAAAAGUUGGGUUAAACCGAGCUCCCCAUUUUCUCCGGAAGUAUCGGCUGACGAAGAUUCACCUAGCGAUGGAAUUUCAUCCUCGGAAACUGUGAAAGUGAGUGUUGCGAGAGGAAGGAAAAGAACUGUACCGAAUCUCGAGUCAAGCCAACCAAAGCGGAGUCGUGUUGGUGAUCCUGGUGAAGAAUUUAUUUUAGAGCCUGCUGAGCCGGGAGUGGACUACCAAAAUCUCUGCCCGACCCUUGCCACUUCACAGCAGAAGGGUUUCGAGGUGGUGAAGAAGCCUCCUUUGAUUGCUCCAAAAAAGCCAAAUAUCGAUGAUAUCGUCAAGGUUCAAGAAAACCGCAAUGUUGUCCUGGUCACAUUCAAAAACUCACCUGUGGAGGAGCCGGUGGAACCCGUUGAACCCGAGCCCGAUAAAUCCCUGCUAUCUAAGCCGAAGCCAUUUUUCAUCACGGAGCGAGUCAAGGCGGACAAGUCGGAUGCCGACUCGCGUCGCGCCGCCGCCGCCCCAAAGCCGCCGAAAUUUCCGCCCGCGCGUCGCGCCUUCGAUUCGCGGCCGCGGUUUGGACGCGUUCCGUCGCCCACGGGCGACUCCGUGGGGUCUCGACCCGGGAUCGAUCGCCGAAGAGACUUGGGAAAACGAAGGCAUUACGGGAAUCAUGAUCGAAAGAUCCCCGAUUUUCUCGAGCUUGUGCCAGUGACCAUGGCUGAUGGGUACACGAUUGAGUACCGAUUGAUGGAGAAAGAGCACGCGGAGGGGAUCAAGCAAAAUUCAGCUCUCGCGAAAAAGGAAGUCAAGUGGCCCACAGCCAUUAAACAUGUUGGCGAACGUCGUUCUCCGACGUUCCACCCCAAUGUGAAUCUAUCCCCGCAUGAAGUCCUUGGAUCGUCCAUCGCAAGAUUGUUGGACGAGGAAGGAGCUGGAACGAACCACAACAUAGAGUUGAACAUUAACGAAGACGGACAGCUUCAAUUCCGUCGCGUGGAUACCUCGGGGCUGUUGGACGCGGCAGUUGCCAACAUGCACGAUGUGGCCCUCAGUGGACUCAUGAACGUCAACGUGGGCUCCACGUUAUCGUCAAUUGAGAACACGAUCGUGACCCCGGCCCAGAAAACGCCCAUUAGCUCGGUCCUGUCGCCGUUGAUGGAAGGCAACGGUGGGGUCAAACCAAGGACCAAGUGCGGUAAUCCUGAGCUUAGGGGCAUGUUCGUCGUUGGCUCGAGGCCGGAGAUUUCAGAGGAGGUUCGAGAGAGCAGGGGUAUGAAGAAGGAUCAAGAGCAGCAGAUGACUUUGGAGGAUGCGGUGCUUCCGGUGGAAGAAGAGCCGUCGAUGACUUUCAUGGCCUUUCCGAAUGCGUCAGGAGACGGACACACCGUCGUGGCCAUUCCCGACGACGGCAAUCCGGAGCAUGAAGCCGUCCGGCAACAGUUGUAUGCUGUCGGCGGGUUCGUUAUAGACGACCCGGAAACGAUAAAUGCCGCGAGAAUCGCUGCUGCGGCGGAAAAUCAAGACAUGGAACAUGCUGACGGCGGUCAGGAAUCUGAGGAAACGGAAAUAAUAACGGACGGGAAUUUGGGAGCCACGGUGAUCACGUCUGACGAUGGGACGCAGCAAUUGAUUCUGCCGGCUGACGCAGAGGCUCAACUGGCGUCCCUAAUAAAUGCGCAGCAUAACGGUGCUUCCACUGAACAGCGGAUGUUCUUUUUCGAAGAUGAAGCUGGGAAUCAGUUUCUUUCGCUCACGCCAAGCGGCGGAAGCUUGGAUGACAGUGAAGACGUUAAGUUUGUGAAGGAACAAGACAAGGUUGAAGACCUCCUGGGAACUAAGGGGCAUGCUCCGACGAUGUCGAUGUUGUCUGGUGAAGAGCCAAAUUCGGAGGACGACGACGAUGAUGAUGAUGAAGAUGACACGAAGGCAGACGCGACGAUAGACCUGAAUACCCUGGCAAACCUGGUUGUGGAAGUGUCUGGCGGGGCUGUGGAUGCAGCAGAGGCGCUCAAAGCUGCAGGUGCUCCUCGGAUACCGCGACCUGCGGAUGACGACGACGUCGAUGAUCACCGGAUGAUCUUCAUGCUGCCUGACGGACAGAUGCUUGUGGAUGAUGCUUAGCGACGGAGUCUUCUUGGGUUAAUUUGGCGAGAAAUCUGCGGUUUGAUCUCAGUUUUUUUAAAUGUACGAAAAGUGUGGAUGUUGUCUUUUUUUUUUUUUUGAGAAAGUGUCUUGGAGGAGAAAGCGAACUGCAGUUGCAAACGAAGGAA